AUGGUCGUCCUGCCGGCCGCCUUCCUGGUGGCCGGCGUGCUGAUCCGCGGGCGGCCCGGCCACUCUGCCGCGGCCGCCGCGAGCCUCGGCGCUCAGCCGCACUCCGCGCCGACCUGCCCGCUCCAGCCUCCGGCGGGCGGCCUGGCCGCCAUCCGCGCGCCGCGAGAGGUGCGGUUCGUGCCGUGCUUCCGCGCGGCGUACGAGAUCGACGGCGUGGUUGUGCCGCGCACCGGGGAGGCGGGGUACAAUGUGACGGGUUCGGCGAGCGGGCGCGACAUCGCCGCGCUCCUCCACGGCCUCUCCAAGGGCAUGCCACUCGGGCAGGUGACGUACUGCACGCUGAUCAAGGGGCACGGCCGCUCGGGCGACUGGCGGCGCGUCAAGCAGAUCUACGUCGCGAUGCGUCGCGCGGGCGUCCAGCCAGAUCUGGCCACCUGCAACGCCGCGAUUGACGCCUUCACCCGCUCCGGCCGGAUGACCAACGCGGAGCUGGUGGUGAGGGACAUGGUGACGGAGCGCGUGGUCUCGCCGUCCGCGCGCACGUACAACACGCUGCUGCGCGGCUACGCCACGCGGCGCGGCACGCCGCGCCAGCGCGCGCGCUCCCUUCGCCGCGCAUUUGGCGCACGGUCCGGGAAAGGUCAAGGAAAGGUCUAG